ACCUGUCAUCACACCCACCACAUAGAAGGAAACAACCGAGUUCUGUGUGUACCGUGAACGACCAAAUUCAUAACAAGUUCAUGUUCUAGUUUUCGCAGCCUUCUCGGAAAAUGAUAAACAAUUCCGUCCAUUCGCAAUAAGAAUAACCAGUAUUAUUUAUCAAAAUGAGUGAGAAUAAUAUUUCCAAAAACGAAACCCAAACCGAAAGCCCCAUAGCGCACUCUACUCCGUCAAAGUCCUGGGUCCAAUUCGAAGAUGAAACUUCGGAAAACAAAAAUAGCGACGCAGCUGUGAUACCUACUGAAAACGUACAGGUGCUUGAGAGGAGUUUCAGCACACCCUCAUCCCCAGGAAUAGACAAUAGUAACAACUCAAAAGACCCAAAACCUUAUAAGAAUGUUGAACUACCUGUUGCUACUGUUGAACCUAUUAGGCAGGGUUUUGUCAAUGGAGAUGUUAUCGUUACGUUGUUACCUGUCAAUACAAAAUUUCCAUGGAUUACACCUGCAAGAUUCCGUCCAGAAUUAGUACCUGAAGAAUUGAUGGCACAGGGUUUAACGCUAACUGUUGAAGAAUAUGUACAAGCCAUGGAAUUGUUGGUCAACGACUAUAGGUUCACAUUAUACAACAUUUGUUAUAAAAGGGUACUUGUUGUAUGGGUCCUCUUAGCAUUCCUUGUAUUAUUUGCAUUGCUAUUUUCAAAUCAAGAUGGACCUGUCCUAUUCAUCAUGGGUAUAGGAUGGCUAAUUCUAAAUGCGGCAGCUAUAAUUUUAUCGAUGUGGGUCAAAUUCAAACUAACAAGAAAUUUGGAGAAAUGCCUUGCUCAGGUGAAUAAGCAGCUAUUGAGGCACAAAAUAGUUAUUGCUUUGGACGACAGAGGGAAGAUCUCAUGUCAUAAGGUGAAUUUGUGCUUUUUGUACAUGGAUUCGGCACCCUGUAUCAAUCAUCUUCAGUCGAGUAUUGACCAACAAGAGAGGGAUCAGAACAGUGGUUGGGAACAGAAGAUGGACAUAACUUCAAAUGAUAUUGUUAUUCAGGGUAGCAGAACUACUAGACUGUCUAGGAAACAGGGAAGCGCAGAGAGGAUAUUUUUGCGGUACUUGCAAAGGUGGGGAAAGGACUUUUUGCGCAGGCGUCUGGAUUGGACCUUGGACGAAAUAUUGGGGAACCCCCCACAACGUAGACAUGUUCAAUCUGCUCUAUGUCCUUGCCAGUAUGUGGAAGAGGUUGUUAUUCGAAAAACCUACUUGUCAGACGGUCCAGACUGUUGCCCCAAACUGUCCAGUCUGCUGUUCAGACAAGGACUGUAUUGAUGAGAGAGCUACACUGUUAUACCUGCGCUACCUUGCCAGGUGGGGCAAAGAGGUAGUACGCGGGUACCUAGUUAGUCCACCGGCCAAAGGGGGCCGCCACUGUCACUCUCUCACCUGUCCUUGUCAAUACAUAGACGAGCACCUUUACUGUAAACCACCAGG